AUGACUCAAACCCAAUCCAAUCGUGCUGCCCCCAGAUCAAAACCCAACCCAAAUCCGGCAGAGGGCGGGAGUAGGUUCUCCGUUGGCGCUUGUACAUUCCUCAAGAAUGCUGGUAUUGAAACACCAGUAAGCAAGUCUACUGCAUUAGCUGCAAGAGAGGCACAACUUCGGGAACAGCUACAGGCGGAGAAGGAACGGGCUGAUAAUCUUGAAGAACAACUAGUCCAUCUGAAGAAGAAAGCUGCAGAAACAGAAGAAUCCAUGGCCAGGACCCAAGAAGUUGUGCUCAAGAACCAGCAAGAGCUGGAGGAGUUCAAGAAGAAACAAGAAGCUAAUGAUAUGAUCCUUCAGCGCAUCUUGGGCCUCAACUCAGGUUCCUCUGCAGUCCAUGGUUGUGCUGGGCCGUGUCGCUACUGCUGGUACUCGUGUCACUACUGCUGGUACUCAUAA